ACUGACCUAAUUGUUCAGUUUACUGAGUGUGUUUUGACUGCAGUGGCCGACUUAAGUGUGUCUUCUUCAUACAUGAGCUUGUAGCAAACUCUUCGAUUUUCCGAAAUGAAGCCUUUCGUCUUCGCCCUCCUAGUCGCCCUGCUCCCUCUCGCCCUGUCCGAGUACCCUCGCAUGAAAUUCCGCAACCCCGCCCACUACCCCAAGCCCCCGCCCUACCAGCAACCCAUCAAGAAGUGGCAGCAGCAGCCCCCGCGCCCUGCCCCAUCGCGCCAGCGCCCCCCCAUCCGCCCCCCGAUCCCCGUGCGCAUGCCCCCCCACCACAAAAUCCAAAUGGGGGCGGCGGCCUCCGUCAACCGCCCCGUCGCCGUUCCGGUGCGCAGCUUCUGGAAGAACACCCAAACGACCUUCCGGUCCACCCCCACCGAGCAGUAUUUCGUGACUUCCGCCCCCGUUUUACCCAAGAAGACGUUCCAGUCGUCGCCGGCAAUUUUAGCCCAAGAGUACGACUUCCAGAUCCAGAGUAACAACGUCUUGAAUAAUAUCCAGACGAUCAAGCAGAUUGGGGAGAAGGGGCCCAUACAUACUAUUCCUGCCCCGAAUUUGAGCUUGGCGGAUAGGCCAGUGGGGCAGAAGGUGGAGCCAGGGGCGGAGAAAUUCCAGAUGCAGAGAUACCCAGAAGUAGCUACCUAUGUCCAAAUUCAAAAAGCGCAUCAGUACCAAGUGACCGAAGCUCCCGAUUUUGCUAAGCAGACGGUGUUCAAGACCUACUACGAAACUCACACUCUUCCCAAUGACCUUUAUCAGUACCAUCUGGUUAACCCGUCGACGAUUACCCUUCCACUACUCCCGAAUUACCUCCAACAAACCCAGCAGAACUAUGUGGAGCCUGCACCUGAACAAUUCGCCAUGGAUAAGAGUGGCCACGACGAACCCACACGAAGAGACCCAUCGUCUCUGGUCACCGCCACUUAUAAUCUCGAGCCUGAAGCCUCUGAAUCCAUCAUACAGUCACAGUACGUCCAGAACUACUUCGAUACCAGAGAUAAUGGUAACAGUGUCCCGGAUGCUAAACCCAGCGAGAAGAAUGUUACUGAGGGUUACUACAUCACGUUACCAAAUAAAGAGGCCGGGGAUGCCUUAGCGAGUUUACAAGCAGCCGGGCAGUUGAAUAGUAGUUUACAAAAGAAGAAUGAGGUACCUGUUUCGAUCUACGUUCCCGAAGACGGAGAAGAUAUACGGGAUGAUAGUGGUCAAUUGGACGACGGGGAGGAGCUUUACGACGACUACUCCCAAGAGGAUUUGAUUACAGAGGAGAUGAGGAGGGGUGGGGAUGAGGCGUUUGGCCAUAGAGUGAAGACGAAGUGAGAUAACAAUAUUUAUUUAUUUAUUUAUAUUAUGAGCUCUCAUAGAGUGUAUUUAUGUUGCUAUUUAAAUAAAAACAACUUAGUUUGA